CAGAGCCCCUCCCAUUACCAAACAAGUUCACUCAAGAGCUAAGGAUGGAAAGGUCAGGCUCAAGCAAAGCCAAAUGCGUCACAGGCAACAACGGAGAGGCCGAACUAAAACUCUGCAACGCUGAGAGUAGACGACCCGGUUGGAUUACAUUCCCAUUCAUCAUAGGCUCGGCGGCCUUGUGGACCAUGGGUGGAACUGGAUGGAUGACGAACUUCAUUUUGUACUUAAUCAAAGAGUUCAAUGUGAACCAAAUUGAUGCAGCGCAGAUUUACAACGUGAUCAAUGGCUGUGUCUCCCUCCUCCCGAUCCUUGGCGCAGUCAUAGCCGACUCCGUCCUAGGAUGCUUCUUGGUCGCCUCUAUUUCUUCCUUCGUAGCCUCAAUGGGUAUAGUUCUUUUAUCCUUAACAGCGACGCUUAAUUCGUUGAGACCCGAGCCGUGUGGAAACAAAUCAAGCUCAUGCAAAGCCCCAUCGUUCCUCCAAUUCUUUGUGCUCUACACAGGGGUAGUUCUAGCAACACUUGGAGCAUCCGGAGUCAGGUUCACCACAGCAACAUUUGGUGCGAACCAGUUUGAAAGCCACAAGGAUCAAUCGACUUUCUUCAACUGGUUCUUCUUUGCAGCAUACGCCACUUACGCCCUAAGCAGCACGCUGAUCGUGUAUAUUGAGGACAAUGUGAGCUGGGCCUUGGGAUUUUGGUUAUCUGUUGCUGCGAACCUGAUUGGGCUCGCUGUUUUCGUUGCGGGAAAUCGGUAUUAUUGCCAUGAGACCCCUCAGGGGAGUCCAUUACUGAGCUUGGCUCGUGUUGUCGUUGCUAGCUUUAGGAAACGAAAGCUUCAGCUCCCUCUGAAUACUGAUGAGUUCUAUUACGGCCAACAUGAACGGAAUAAGGAGGUGGACAUACCGCCUAAAAAGAACUUCAGGUUCUUGAAUCGUGCCGCUGUGAAAAUUGAUGGAGACACCAAGUCUGACAACUCAAUUGCCGAACCUUGGAGGCUAUGCUCAGUGCAACAAGUGGAGGACCUAAAAUGUGUGAUCAAAAUGUUACCACUGUGGUCAUCCGCCAUCUUCUUGAGCACCCCAAUCGCUGUCCAAACCAGCAUGAUAGUCCUCCAAGCCCUAACCAUGGAUCGCCACUUAGGACCCCAUUUCAUGAUCCCAGCCAGUUCAUUCCUUGUCAUGAUCAUGAUCUCCGCUUCAGUCUCUCUUGCUUUGAUUGAUCACUUUCGAUCCACAUUCCCUCUGUGGAAAAAGAUUACUGGUCUGCCUCCAACGGUAUUUCUCAGGAUUGGUGUAGGACAUCUCCUGAGUGUGCUCAGCUUGAUUGUAGCGGCACUAAUCGAGUCAUUCAGGCUAAGGACAGCCCAUCUCCACAAUGUCGACACUCCCACAGUCCCAAUGUCUGCACUGUGGCUAUCCCCUCAGUUGAUUCUAGUCGGAAUCGGAGAAGCAUUCCAUUUUCCAGGGCAAGUGUCGUUGUACUUCCGAGAAUUCCCAGUGAACUUAAGCAACAGUGCCACUGCGAUGGUCUCAGCGAUAAUUGGGAUUUCAUUUUAUUUGAGCACCGUGUUGGUCGAUCUGGUUCGGAGGAGCACCGGGUGGUUGCCGGAGAACUUGAACAAUGGGAGGUUGGAUCGUAUGUAUUGGUUGCUUGCUGGAGCUGGGAUGGUGAAUUUUGGGUAUUAUCUCGUAUGCGCAACAUUGUACAAGGGAAAAGACGAGAGUUCUAGUUCGAGUCUUCCGAUGACUGAUGAUGCUGGUGAAAAAUAAUUGAGGUCCCGAAUGCGUUUGUCCAUGCAUGCUUGGAUUAGUCUACGCGUACUUCAUGUCUACUUUGACAGAAAAGUGUUGUUAAUUUGAAUGCCCGCUUUUUAAUUGAAGAACUUUUCAAUAAAAGAACGUGUUCGUUCUAUCUGAUAUAUAAAAUUAAAGCUGAAGCUGUGA